AUGUCUUCUUCUAAAGGCACAUAGGCAUAUAAGAUUAUUGAUCAUUUAACUUAGAGUUUUUUAUAUGGCAUAGGAAGUUUUCUAUGUAUUAGUAUUAGUAGUAUUUUUAGUUUCUUCAUUUAUAAGCAAAAAAAAAAAAUGUUGGAGCUUGAAGAUACAGAUCCUCUACUUCCUUAAGAGUUGUUUGAUUUGAUCAGUAGCAGUUAUAGAAAGAAUUUAAUAGAAUUAUAGCAAUAAGAUUAGGGCAGAGUAAAAGUACCAGGUAAAUUUCUGGUGAGAGGAGAAGUAGAUUCAAACCACAUGAUUCCAUGUUUAGAUCCUAAAAAGAUGGGAUUGGUUUAUUAGAGGAUGAAGAUAGAUAAAAUUUACAUGAUGAAUUAUUACAAUUAAAAUAAACUAGAAAAACGUAAUGAACUAAGUGAUAAUAAAGCCAUAAAAUUUUUUGAAGUAGUUAACCCGAAUCAACAAAUAAAAGAAGCUAAAAAUUGGUUGCUUAAAAAAAAUCAAAAUAAAUAGUUGACAGAAUUUGAAUCAGGCUCGAUAAAAUGCUUAAUUACUAACUUUGGUACAAAAAAGACGAAUGUAGAGAGAGCUUUGAAGCCAGUAGCUUACCUAGAGAAAUUUAAUGAAACAAUUAAAGCAAAUUUAAAACUUCAACCAGGAACAAUCUUGCUCAUUGGAUUUACUUAAAAUUAAAUAGGCAUAAAGAUUGGUGAUUAAAUCAUGGUUUAUGGAUCAGUAAUAUUAGAUUUAAAAAAUCGUAUCAUAAAUUUUGAUAUUCCAGAAGUGAUUGCAAAAAGAAAAUAUGAAAUUCAAGAAAUAGUUAGCCAUCACUUUAGUAUUAAAUCUAUAGCAAGCUUUUUCCUUUUCUCUUUAGGAGUGUUUUAUGCUUAUAAAGCAGCUACAUCUUUCCUUAAGCAUAGAAAGGAUAUGUAAAAGUAUUACUCGAGGAGAAUACUUGCAUCUGACUUAAAAGACUCCUCCUCGUUUUGA